AUGCAUUCAUCAUUCGCUUAUAUUCUCAAUAAGCGCCAUAUCAUUAAUUUUCUAACUCCCCCUCUAUGACUGUAGACCAUUCUGAGAUAAGGCCAGGGUGGCCUUAUCUCAGAGUGGUAUAAAAAAAUCAAAUUAAAGUAAAAAUAUUUUAUAUAUAAUUUAAAUCUUUAAAUCUUGGACAAUGAUCAAAUUCAAUAUUUUCUCCUUCUUGUCUUUUUAGGUUGCAUAAUUUGAAGUUUUUUACAAUUAUAUCUUCUUCUCUUUAAAUUUGUCAGGAGUUAUUCAUUUAUUAUUUAUUAUAAAAAUGCCCCUGCCUUAUCUCAGAGUGGUAUAUUUUUUUUAAUGCUAACCACCUUGAGAUAAAGCCACCUAAAAUUUUACUAAUAAAAUAUGUUAUUUCUUAUUAAAAUAUUAAUUUUUCUUAUAAUAGUAGACUACUCUGAGAUAAGGCCAGGGUGGCCUUAUCUCAGAGUGGUCUACAGUGAGCGAAAAAUUUUGUUUACUCGAUGGGGUUAAAUUGUUUUUUUAUAGAUUUUAUAGACAAAUUUUAUUUUUCAAAUUUAAAAAAUUCUAAUUUGUAAAAUUUGAGAAGUAAAUAUUAAUUUACUUUAUGCUUUAAAAUGCAAGCUGCUUAAAAUUAAACAAAGCUGCUAAUGAUUUCAUAUAAUAAUUAUCACUUAUAUAUCAAAAUUUUUUUUUUAAAACAAUUUUUAUAUUAAAAAGUUUUAUCCCUCAUGGAGGGUGGUUUUCGGAAUAUCCAAUGGUUUUGUGCUCACGGAGGGAGUGAGGAACCGACCAUAUUGUUUAAAAACGAAGCAUAGCAUUAGAAUCUCUAAUAUGGAACUAAAGCUGCUUAUUGUCAGUGAUACUCAUGAAUGUUAUGAUACAUUAAACACAAUCAUAGACAGAUCUGAUCCUGACAUCAUACUUCACGCUGGAGAUUUUUGCAACAUCCCCCUAGAAUUUAUAGAAGAUGCCAAGUAUAUAGAAGAGGCUAAAGAAUCAAUUCAGAGACAAGUAGAUAUUAUUGCAAGAAAAGGAAAACCAAUUUAUAUUAUCCCAGGAAAUGUACUCAUUACUUAGCAUGACCCAGGCGCAUUUUUUAAGCAUCUUGAAGCUAAAUAUGGAGAUUUAGGCAUCCACACAGCCAAAACAUUAGGUGCUCAAAGCGAAUGCAUAGCUCCAGGGCUUCAUAUAGCAGCUCUUGGAGGAUCGUUGCCAGCCUAUAUAGGCGAAAGACUCCACUGGAAAGGGUAUCCUUACACCACAGAACAAGAGUGUGACUCUGCAAUAACUAAUUAUUUGGAACCGCAGCUUGCUGGAGAUGGUCAAUAUAUUUUAUUAACUCAUUUUGGCCCUUCUUUUAGCCCUACAUGCAGGUUUUAUCAAACUUGUGGGGAAAUAAUAGAAGCAGGGAGCUCAAAGCUUGAAGAUUUAUUAAUCGACAAUGCCUCAAAAAUACUCAUAAACAUCCAUGGGCAUACCCAUUGGGGAGUAGGAGUCUUCAGCUUUGGAGAUGAUAUGAAAAAGGUGCUGAAUCCAGGGGCAGUUCUAUAUAACAAUUAUGCAGAAGUAUUGCUAAAAUGUGAAAACUCCUUAUGGAAAGUGCAAGAAAUCCAGCUUAAGCAAAUAUAGAAGUUUCCUAUGUUUGGCGCUGCAAGGCCGAUAAAUUCUGAUCGGAAUUUAUCGGUUGGUUGCACCAAAUCAAUGCCUUGGUCGGACCAAAAAGCGAUUUGGUCCGACGAACUUGGAAAGCUCCUGGGAAAAUGUCUGCGCUUUCAGCGCUAUAUAGAGGAAACCUCUAUAUAA